UUAUAUCUAAAUAGUGUUAUUAUUUUAAUUAUUUAUAUGAUGUAUGUUAUAUAUUAUUGGAAUAAUUUCAGUGAAAAUGUCCUCCACUGAUGAGUGCUACUUUCACGGUGUGAAGGUCCGUCGGUUAAAUGAAGAAGGAGCUUCGGUACCUGUAUAUGGUACGAAGGUUUCUCUCAAGGCGGAAUACGAUCCUAAGGGUAUGACGAUAAAGAUUGAGGAUGCUUCUGAACCGAAGGAGUUCAUUGUCUCAAAACAAUCCGAGUUUGCCAGGGUUGGUCAGAAAGGUUUAAUCUUCAAACUGUCAACUGAGACCCUCCUGGUACAAUUCCCUACGGACGAGAGUACAAACAAACUGUACAAGGCUGUGAUGGGUCUCAGGAAGGAAAAGGAAGUUAGUGUUUUCACUGAGAGAACAGAGGAGAGCAGUGCCAGUCAGUAUUUCCAGUUCUACGGAUACCUUUCCCAGCAGCAGAACAUGAUGCAAGAUUUUAUCCGUACUUCAACCUACCAGAAAGCUAUUCUAGACAAUCCGGUCGACUUUACAGGAAAGGUUGUUCUUGAUGUCGGAGCUGGUAGUGGUAUCUUAUCCUUCUUUGCUUAUCAGUCAGGAGCUAAGAGGGUGUAUGCUGUAGAAGCCAGUAGUAUUGCAGUACACGCCGCCAAACUAGUUGCAGCUAACAAGGCGGAUGAUGUCAUCAAGGUUAUCUCAGGGAAGAUAGAAGAGAUAGAUCUCCCUGAAAAAGUGGAUAUUAUUAUCUCUGAACCAAUGGGAUAUAUGCUGCUUAAUGAGCGGAUGUUGGAGACAUUCCUCCACGCCAAAAAGUUUCUCAAACCUAAAGGAAAAAUGUUCCCAACCCGGGGUGAUCUUCAUGUAGCCCCGUUCACUGACGAAGCUCUCUACAUGGAACAGUUUAAUAAGGUGAACUUCUGGUAUCAGGAAUAUUUCCACGGCGUUGAUCUCUCUAGUCUACGUACCCCAGCCAUGACAGAAUAUUUCAGGCAACCCAUCGUAGACACGUUUGAUAUCAACAUCUGCACAGCCAAAUCCCAGCGUCACGUUAUAGACUUCCAGACGGCCGAUGAGACUGAUUUGCAUAGAAUAGAAAUACCCUUGGAGUUCCAUAUACUAGCCUCAGGAAGUAUAUUCUUACUAGAUGUUGAGUUGUUUCUCCCCCCACAUGAACAUUUCAAUUGUGUAAAACUUAAAUUUCAAAUGGGUAACCUCAGCUAUGAACUAGGUUUAAAAGCAGAAACACCUGAGGUCCGUUGUCUUCUAUCUCAACCCAUCUUCGCUAAGCAAGGACAGCUUCUGAAAGGUCGUGUACUAAUGGUUGCGAAUGCGAAGCAAAGUUAUGAUCUAACUAUGGAGUGUAAGAUCGAAGGCACAGAUACUAUGUCAUCCAACACCUUGGAUCUUAAAAACCCAUACUUCAGUCCCGGCCUGGAGGGGGGGCUGGGCUACGCACCUUACACAUCUCAGGAAUUCCCCGAGGACAUGUACGCUGUGUUUGUCGACGAACUGCCGACACCGGAUAAACAAACAGCAGCUGAUCUUCAUACAAAUAAUUAUGAUGCUAGAAAAGUGUAUACUGGUAUCCAACCUGCCCCACCUCCAGGCAAUCUUCAUGCAUCUCCAAGCGAAGAUGUCUGGGCACAAAUGGAUCUUCAGGGAGCCCGUCAAGCUGUAAAUCUGGUGAACGGUGUUAUUGUUGAUGGACUUGGUCAUGUGUCCUUAGAUAGCAGCAGUAGUCCAGGGUUCAUGACAUCAUUACAGCAACCUAAUAUUCAUCAGGGAAGUAUACCUGCCACGGGAAGAAAAGACAAGGUGACGAGUGCCCCGGCAGUACCUACAUCAUCAGCUACUUCACUUCCCUUUAAUCAGCUCAUAGGUGGAGCCAUCAGUCCUAGCCUACUAUCCAGUACCGGUCAACCUAUCCUAUCAUCUGCUCAGGGUCAGCCCUAUCCAAUAAUUGGAGACUAUGCCAUGAACGGAAACCUUCGGCAGUAAGAAAGGUGUGAGAAAAUUGACAAGUUUAUUAUGCAGACUCAAGAUCCAACAAGAUUUUGCCCGCCAUUUAAAUUUGUUAAAACCCGCCAUUUAAUAAAAUAGCGGAUUUUUGUAAUUAUUGCAUAAUAUCCUACUUUGGCUCAAAUCGUAAGAUUUAAUUCGAAAAAUAAAUCAAGUAAAAUUAUUAAUAAUAAUUCGGCCUACGUAGUAUUUUUAAAAUCUCAAAACAAUAUUUUACUUUGAAGCAUUUUCUUGAAAUCAAGAAAUAUCGUUGGCACACCGCUAUUUUCCAUAAUUUCUCGGAAUUCCGAAG